AUGUCUGGUCGCGGCAAAGGAGGCAAAGGUUUAGGAAAAGGAGGCGCCAAGCGUCACCGAAAGAUUCUUCGUGACAACAUCCAAGGCAUCACCAAGCCAGCUAUCCGUCGUCUUGCUCGCCGUGGCGGUGUCAAGCGAAUCUCUGGCCUGAUCUACGAAGAGACUCGUGGUGUUCUCAAAGUUUUCCUUGAGAAUGUGAUCCGUGAUGCUGUGACCUACACCGAGCACGCCAAACGCAAGACUGUGACGGCCAUGGAUGUGGUGUACGCUCUGAAACGCCAAGGACGUACUCUGUACGGAUUUGGCGGCUAGAUCUUUGAGCUACACACUCAAACAAACGGCUCUUUUAGGAGCCACCAAAUCUCUAAAAGUCAUAACCAAUAAAGUGUUUUCUUUGCCAUAAUAUAUACCUCUCGUUAGUUUGGGCACUGAAGAAAGUAUUACAGUAGUAAAAGAAUUUACGUUAAAUUUUGGAAUAUAAGUAACUUUCAGAAAUAAUCGCUUUCAUUCUUGUGUAAUUUUGCUGUCGAGUUUUUAAGGAUAAUUACUUCUUGCCUAAAAGCAACCAACUGCACGCCGUUAUAAUUUAAAUUGCGCGCGUCGGUGACAGCUGAUUUGCAUUUGUUAAGAUCGUCACAGUUGUCUUCAGUGGAACUCAGUAUUAGAGCGAAAGUGUUCUGCAACGUUAACCUUACCAGACAUCAGAAACCAACAUUGUCAUCAACCAGUAUUCGAACUUACUUUAGUCUACUGAGUCAUCUUUCACUGAUCUUAUAGUUCGCGCAAUUUCUACUCUUUAUAAAUAUGUGGCAUUGAACCGCUUUUUUUUUUAAAUUUAUGCAUACCCGAUAAACUUUGAUACCCUGGGUGACCCAUGACCGUUUUAAACGUAAGAAUGGCUGCUAGAUCAUUGCGCUACACACUGAAACAAACGGCUCUUUUAGGAGCCACCAAAUCUUUACCAGUCAUAACCAAUGAACCGCACGUUAGUAAUGGAAUAUGAGUAAAUUUAAAAAAUAAUCUUUAUUUAUUCCUAAAGAUCGUCAGUUUGUGGCUAACGACAAUCAAUUUCGUAAAGGACGCCGUUAUAAUUCAAUAUAAAUUGCGCGCGUCGGUAACGGAACUGAUUUGCAUUCGGUACGAUCGUAAAGGUUGACUGGAGUCAAUACAGUUCGCCCGAUUUCUACACGUUGUGAAGUCACCGCUUUCUACGCCGGGUUUCUACGUACCUUUUCUAAAAUUUAUGUAUACCCGUAAUUGCAAGGAAGUGAUGACCAAUACUAAAAAACUCAGCAAUGAACCGAGCAUAGCUUUCAAAUUUUUAUUUAGGCAAUUUUUACUGAAAAGAAUGAAAGAUCAGUGCACAAGGGAUUUCUUGCUGGCUUCAUCGACGCAUUCGAAGAAGGGGGUAUCUACUAAGUUCAUAUAUAGUUCUGCUUAUGGUCAAGACUUUUAUAAUAUGUGGUGGCUCCUAAAAGAGCCGUUUGUUUUAGAAAUCAGGGAAGCACUGUUUAAGCUUUUGCUUUCUUCUCAGUCUUCUUGGGCAGGAGAACAGCCUGGAUGUUGGGAAGAACACCUCCUUGCGCGAUGGUGACGCCGGCGAGCAGUUUGUUUAACUCUUCGUCGUUGCGGACAGCAAGCUGAAGGUGACGGGGAAUGAUUCUAGUCUUCUUGUUGUCACGGGCAGCGUUGCCCGCCAACUCAAGGAUCUCAGCGCUCAAAUACUCAAGCACCGCAGCCAAGUAGACUGGUGCACCAGCGCCAACACGCUCAGCAUAGUUGCCUUUGCGAAGAAGACGGUGGAUACGUCCAACAGGGAACUGAAGUCCUGCUCGGGAUGAUCGGCUCUUAGACUUUGUGCCCUUUGCCUUUCCUUUACCGCGACCAGACAUGUUUUCAAGUCAAGAGUUGAGCUCGAAUAUACACGAGUGAAUAAACCUAAGCCAAAAACUUUAGAGUUUAUACGCGCGGCAAAUUUUGAAUAAGAUCGAAACGCACCAAUCACGCUUUAAAAGUUUUCAGUGUUUAUUGAAAUAUGAUGAUGUAUGCGGAAAGCAUAUUGAUAUUCAAACAGAAUAACCAAUUAAAUCUUAAGGAUUUCGAUCCGCAUGUUAAUUGGUCCCCUAGUGAUUUUGUUAUAAAUAGACUCUGUGUUAACCUGAGGCAUUCACUUCCAUUCUGAUCGACAGACAUGGCACCCAAAGUUGCAGGAAAGAAAGGCGAGAAGAGAGCUGGAAAGGCAAAGGCUCCAUCUGAUGGAAAGAAGAAGAGGAGGGGAAAGAGAAAGGAAAGCUAUGCCAUCUACAUCUACAAGGUGUUGAAACAAGUUCACCCUGACACUGGCAUCUCCAGCAAAGCCAUGGGCAUCAUGAACUCGUUUGUCAACGACAUCUUCGAGCGCAUCGCCACCGAAGCUUCCCGCCUUGCCCACUACAACAAGAAAUCAACCAUCAGUUCUCGCGAGAUCCAGACUGCCAUCAGGCUGCUUCUGCCCGGUGAACUGGCCAAACACGCUGUCAGUGAAGGAACCAAGGCUGUGACCAAGUACACCAGCAGCAAGUAA